GUGCCUGCCUGUUCCUGCUCCAGCUGUGGAGGCUGCAAGCCCUGCUGCUCUUCAGACUGCAGAUCUUCUUGUUGCCAGUCCAGCUGCUGCAAGCCCUGCUGCUGUCAGUCCAGCUGCUGCAAGCCCUGCUGCUGUCAGUCCAGCUGCUGCAAGCCCUGCUGCUGUCAGUCCAGCUGCUGUACACCCUGCUGCUGUCAGUCCAGCUGCUGCAAGCCCUGCUGCUGUCAGUCUAGCUGCUGCAAGCCCUGCUGCUGUCCGUCCAGCUGCUGCAAGCCCUGCUGCUGUCAGUCCAGCUGUUGCAAACCCUGCUGCUGUCAGUCCAGCUGCUGCAAGCCCUGCUGCUGUCAGUCCAGCUGCUGCAAGCCCUGCUGCUGUGAGUCAAGCUGCUGUAAGCCCUGCUGCUGUCAGUCCAGCUGCUGCUGUAAGCCCUGCUGCUGUCAGUCCAGCUGCUGCAAGCCCUGCUGCUGUGAGUCAAGCUGCUGCUUCCAGCUGCUGAAGCCAUCAUGCUGUGUCCCCAUGUGCUGCCAGUGCAAGAUCUGA